GGGUCGAUGGCUUCCCUGAGGGUCUAGAGGCCAAAGUCCUGGGACACCCGUUUCCCUAGCCCAGGUCCCCGGGGCCUGAGUAACAGCAAAGGCAUUUUGUGGGGCCAUCCGGGUCGGGGAGGCGGCCCCGCCAGUUCUGCAGGCGUAGGGAGCAGAAGAGCCAGCAGGCCGGGGGUGGGGGCAGAUUCGGUGGAGUGAGUGCCAGCUGCUAAGCUACGGUAUAUUAUUCUUUAGUGUGAACCGCGCUCCUCCCGGCUUCCCGCCCAGUGCCAGGCGAAGAUCCCCGUCGCUGUGGGCCUCAGUUUUCCCAUUUGCAGAAUGGGAAGCCCUAGCGUGUAGGAAGGAGCGUGAGGGCGUGGACUCUCAAGGCGAGGGAGGGGUGUCAUCACCCAGGACUGCCCGCAGGCCAUUGCAGUCCAUGAACAGCUGAUGGCAGGUCACCCCCUCCUCCCCUGACCCCCACCUUCGCCUUCUCACCCGGGAAACCGAGACUAGGGUACGCUCCCUGGACUUGGAGCUGAGAAAGACCAACUCCGACUUCCAGCAGGAUUGUUGUGGGCAGGUUGCCACGGGCACAUGCUUGACCUUGUAGAGUCUGAGACUGCGCAGUAAAGGAGGCGGAAGCCACCCACUGUGGGUUGAGAGGACCGGCAUCAAAACUGGGCCCACAAAUACAACCAUGGCUUUCGUAUACUCAAGAAUUAAUCGGCCAGCCUGUUGAGUGUGAAACAAUGUAUGUUGUGGAUUCCAUUUGCAUUUCCUGGUUGCUAACAACAGUAGUUGCAGUUACAUUAUGAGCCAACUCUGUUUACCUGGAGAAUUCAAAGAGAGUUUACCAGUAGGAAUGCUACUGAGGUAACUGAGCUCUGAAACAGAGUCGAGGAGAAAUCCUUGGCCCUGGUUGGAUAGCGUCUUUGGCAAGGUCUGAUUUCGGUUUGGCGUUGUCCUACUCAUGGAUUCCGUGCAGGGUGUGAGAAUCCCCGAGAAAUAAAAAAUUAAUCCAGCCCAGUGGGCCCUGGCUCCUUACCUCUGAGUGCGUCCGGGCUGGAGGCUUGACCGGCCCCUCAUGUAAUGAAUUCCCCAGCGGCAACCUGAGACCGGCUCUCCGCCUUCAAGUCACCUGCUCUGUCAGAAGGGACAGAUGAGAGCGCUCCAGAGACUGAGUCAGGGCAGAGUCCUGCUCAUGACCGUCUGUGCAGCUGGCAUUGGUGGGACUUUUCAAUUUGGCUAUAACCUCUCCAUCAUCAAUGCCCCCACCUUGCACAUACAGGAGUUCACCAAUCAGACGUGGCAGGCGCGUUCUGGCCAGCCGCUGCCUGACCACCUGGUUCUGCUCGUGUGGUCCCUCAUUGUGUCUCUGUACCCCCUGGGGGGCCUCUUUGGGGCGCUGCUUGCAGGGCCCCUGGCCGUCAUGCUGGGAAGGAAGCAGUCCCUCCUGGUGAACAACGUGUUCGUGGUGGCUGCAGCGGUCCUGUUUGGCUUCAGCCGCAGAGCGGGCUCCUUCGAGAUGGUCAUGCUGGGUCGGCUGCUCGUGGGGGUCAACGCAGGUGUGAGCAUGAACAUCCAGCCCAUGUACCUGGGGGAGAGUGCACCCAAGGAGCUCCGAGGAGCCGUGGCCAUGACCUCAGCCAUCUUCACUGCUCUGGGGAUCGUAAUGGGCCAGGUGGUCGGACUCAGGGAGCUCCUGGGUGGCCCACAGGCCUGGCCCCUGCUGCUGGCCAGCUGCCUGGUGCCCGGGCUGCUCCAGCUGGCCUCCCUGCCCCUGCUCCCUGAGAGCCCGCGCUACCUCCUCAUUGACUGUGGAGACCCUGAGGCCUGCCUGGCAGCACUGCAGCGGCUGCGGGGCACCACGGACUUGGCCUUGGAGCUGGCGGAGCUGGAGGAGGAGUGCGCAGCCUGCCAGGGCCUGCGAGCACGGCGCCCGUGGGAGCUGUUCCGGGAUGGCACCCUGCGGAGGCAGGUGAUGAGCCUCGUGGUCCUGGGCAGCGCCAUGGAGCUCUGCGGGAAUGACUCGGUGUACGCCUACGCCUCUUCCGUGUUCCUGGAGGCAGGAGUGCCCCAGGAGAAGGUCCAGUAUGCCGCCAUCGGGACCGGGUCCUGCGAGCUGCUCACGGCCCUCGUCAGUUGUGUGGUCAUUGAGAGGGUGGGCCGGCGGGUGCUGCUGAUGGGGGGAUACGGCCUGAUGACCUUCUGGGGGAGCAUCUUCACAGUGGCCCUGUGCCUGCAGAGCUCCUUCUCCUGGAUGCCCUACCUGGCCAUGUCCUGCAUCUUCGCCUUCAUCCUCAGCUUUGGCAUUGGUCCCGCUGGAGUGACAGGGAUCCUGGCCACGGAGCUGUUUGACCAGAUGGCGCGGCCCGCUGCCUACACGGUCUGCGGGGUGCUCAUGUGGACCAUGCUCUUCCUGGUUGGGCUGGGGUUCCCCUUCUUCAUGGAGGGAUUGUCCCACUUCCUCUACGUGCCUUUCCUUGGCGUCUGUGUCUGUGGGGCCAUCUACACUGGCUUCUUCCUCCCUGAGACCAAAGGCAAGACGUUCCUGGAGAUCUCUGAAGAACUGCGCAGACUCAACCUCCCCAGGCGGAGCCAGGGCCCCAGGUGGAAAGGCCCGGACGUCAUCCAGUCCACUGAGCUGUAGCCCCGCAGGUGUGGCUGGGGCCCGGACCCAGCUGCUGCCCUUCCCUUUGCUUCCUCUCCCUGCACUAGCUCCUGUGUGUGUUCACUUAAUGAGUGCUUAUUAAAUGAGCACCUACUGUGUGCGGGCAUGGUGCCUCUUGGUACUCCCCAUCUAGAGACAGUCAACAAACAGGAAACCAAUGAAAACAUAAUUACAAACUCAGGGAAAUGCAGUGGAAGAAAAGUACAUGUGCAGCGUGUGCACACCCAAGGCUGGGGGUGGGGUGAUGUGGUUUAAGACGGGCGUGGUCAGAGGAUUUUCUGAGGAAUUGAUUUUUUAAAAAAUUAACCUUAUUGAGGCAUAGUUUACGUAAAAUAAUGUACCCAUAUUAGGUAUACAUUUGAUGAAUUUUGUCAGCUUUAUCCGCCCAUGAAACUGCCAAACCACCACGGUCGAGGUAGAACAUUCACGUCACCCCCGAAUCUCCCUUUGCAAUCAGUAACCCAUCCCACUUGCAGCCCCAAGCAACUGCUGACCUGUGUUCUGUCACUACUGACCGGAUUUGCGUUUUUCAGAAUUUGACAUGAUUCCAUGAUGUGUGUGUGCAUUUGUGUCUGGCUUUGCUCCAUAUACAGUUUUUGAAAUUCAUACAGCUUGUUGCAUGUCUUACUAUAUAUUCCUUUGUAUUUCUGAGUAGUAUCUCACUGUAUGGACAUACCAUAACUUGUUUAUCCAUUUGCCUGUUGGUGGGCACUCAGGCCAUCAUGAAUGAAACUGGGGAGCAUUCCUGGACGGGUCACUGUGUGGACAUACGUUUUCAUUUCUUGCGGGUAGAUGAAUUGCUGAGUUUAAUAAUGAAGGUAUGUUUAGCCAGAGAAGAAACUUUUCCAAAGUGAUUAUACUGUUUGGCAUUCCCACUAGCAAUGUUAAAAAUUCCAGAUGUUCUCAAUCUUUGUCAGCACUUGGUGUUGUCGCCUUCUUGAUUUAGUCAUUCUUGUGAAUGCAUAAUGGUGUCCUGUGGUUUAAUUGAGGUGUUUCCCUGAUGACUCACAAUGUUGAGCAUCUUCUCAUCUGCUCCAUAUGGCCAUUCAUCUAUUUUCUUUUAUGGAGAGUCUGUACAAAUAUUUUGUCUAUUACUUAUCUGUAUUUUUUUUAAUUUAAUGUUUUAGAGUAGUUUUAGGGUCACAGCAAAAUCAGAAAAUAGAGAUUUCCCGUGUAUCUCCUGUAUGCCCCACCCCCCACACAGUGCCUCCUCCAUUAGCAGCCUCUCCCACCAGAGUGGGGCAUUUGCUACAACCAGUGAGCCCGCAGUCACGUAUCAUUGUCACCCAAAGUCCAUUGUUCACAUAAAGUUUCAUGCUUGGGGUUGUACAGUGUACAAGUUUGGAUAAAUGUAUAAUUUUGUGUAUCCAUCAUUAUGGUAUCAUACACAGAAGUGAAU